UCUAUUUGUAUUUUUGGUCUGGCCAAUCUGAGCAUCAAGAAAUGUAGUUUGUCUGGUUUGUGGUAAAUCAUUGCAAUAUAUUUGUACUUUUACUUCACACUAAAUGGCAUGCUGUUAUACACUAAAACAGUAAUCAAUACAACAACAACAACAACAACAACAAGGGUGUUGUUAUACCUUGAGGUAUAAUAGUGUGAUGUGGAAAAUUAAUUAUAAAAUUACAUUAUAUAAUCAAGUGUAUGUUCUCAUGUUUAGAAACAGUUUGAAGUUUUCCUUUCCAUGAUUUUGUAAUUGUGUGAUGUAUCUGGUUAAUUUGUAAGUUGACUUAAUUAUCUUCUACUGUUUAUGCAGAAAGAGCUUCGGUUUCUUGAUGAUCGUCCUGUGUUUCCAAGAGAAAGAGCAUGUGCAGAAGCCUGGGAGUGGGGUGGAUUGGAUGCUGAAGCCGAGGAAAGGAAAAGGUGGAUAGACAAAGAGAACAAGAGAAUAAUGGAUAGUGUGAAUGCUCUUGCAGCUCUUCGGCUUCGUGCACAAGGGAAGUCUUCAUCAGCUGAGGCUAUAAGUGAAAAUGAAUCGAGGCACAGUAGCAGUGAUGAUGGCAAUGAAGAAAGAGACGAGGAACAAGACAUUUGGGACAGUGAAGAUGUGAUGGUAGCCGUCAAUGACGAUUUGGUGUAUAAUCAAGAGAACAAACUGACUAUGACAGAAAGCAAUCACGAAGUUUUGGUUGAAAGUAAUGAUUCAAACUUGGACAGUGUGAGCAAGAGGUGUCUGAUAACAGAAAUUCCUGACUCCGUGGAAGAAAUAAUACUUGAUGAGACAAGAACAGAUGAGAGAGAUGUACGUGACUCAGAGGAAGUUAUUCGUGUACGAGAAUUCCUUUUGCAAGAGACCAGACCAGAAACAGCCUCGUUUACAGAGAGCUGUGCAUCGUGUACAGAUACAGAUACAUAUCAAGAACUGGAGACCAUUACUCCUGAUAGUAGCUUCUCUGGUGGAGCAGGAAAUGUGCUGCUUCUAGACUCAAUAUUUACUGCAAAAGACAAUAAACCACCUCCUAGUGAGUUUCUCAAGUUGACAGAUGAUAACAUUGGAGACACAAGAGUGAGUAGUCGCCCUCUAAUUGUGGAGCUUGAUGAUGAUGAUGUUGUUGAUGAUGAUGAUGUUGUUGAUGAUGAUGAUGAUGAUGAUGAUAAUGAUGAUGAUGAUAACGAUGAUGAUGAUGAUGCACCUGAAGAUCGUGACGUAACCUCAGUAACUGCAAAUGACGUUUUGUCUCCAUCACGUGCUUUGAUUGAUGAACUGGCUGCUGCAGUUGGGGAAACGGAAAUUGUUGAUGAGUUGGACAGUGUGGAAUAGAUGAGACUGGAAUGGUUGGUGAAUAAAACUCAAUUAUUCAUGUUGUUGCA